GGGCCAUUGCCCUCCCCGGGCCCCGAGCAGCGGCCGCGGGGCCCGCCCGGCGCACUCGGCGCAUGGAGGAGCCGGCGGGGGACGCGAUGGCGGCGGCGCUGCGGGCGGCCAAGCGGGCGCUGCGGGGGGAGCUGCGGCAGCGCCUGCGGGCGCUCGGCCCCGCCGAGAAGCAGCGCCAGUCCCGCCUGCUCGGGCUCAAGGUGAUUGGCCAUCCCAAGUACCAAGAAUCCAAAAGAAUUGCAAUCUUCCUGAGCAUGCCAGAUGAAGUCCAGACAGAAGAAAUAAUUAAGGACAUUUUUAAGCAAGGCAAAGAGUGUUUCAUCCCCCGUUACAAGCCUCAGAGCAAUCACAUGGACAUGCUGAAGUUAUCAUCAGCCGAAGACAUUUCUUCACUUGCUUUGACAUCCUGGAAUAUUCUUCAGCCUGGUGAUGAUGACAGUACAAGAGAGGAAGCUCUUGCUGGAGGAGGUCUUGACCUUAUCUUCAUGCCAGGCCUUGGGUUUGACAAAAAAGGCAACAGAUUGGGAAGAGGGAAAGGAUAUUACGAUACCUAUCUUGAAAGAUGUAUGAAACAUCCCAGUGGAAAGCCUUACACGAUUGCCUUGGCUUUUAGAGAACAGGUUUGUGAAUCAGUGCCUGUGACAGAAAAUGAUGUUCCAGUAGAUGAAAUCCUUUAUGAAGACUCCUGAAAGUGUCUUGAUACCAACCCACCUUCAGAACAGCCAACCAAAGACAUCAGAUCUAUCAAUCAUGGGGUUUUUAAUUGUCAUAUAUGACUUUGGGAACAAUAAAAUACACUAUUUGUGUUUGAAAAAAAAAAAAACAAAAACCACUGUAAAUGUGGUAAUAGUAGUGAGGAUUACAUUGAUUUGCUUCUAAUUAGCAAAUGUCUGGUGUGAAUUCUUAUUCUAGAAUCUACAGAAACAAGAAUGUGUGACUGUUAAUACAUAAGGGACCAUUUCUUCUUAUAAUAUUGUUGAGGUACAAGCUUCAUGAUACUUAACAGUUUUAUUAUUCUAGUUUAAAAGUUAAAUGUCUACUAAUGUCAGUUCUUGAUCCAUUCUGGAAUUAGAUACUUGUUAUGGUAAAAUUCUCAGUACUGAAAUAUUGUGUACAUCCAUGAGCAAAACAAGAAAUUGCCAGAUAAGUCCUAGAGUAAGCUGAGAAAAAAAUGAUGAUUGGAAAAAAGCCAUAAUUAAUUUUGGUGUAUAUAAUAAUUUUGGCUGUUUACUUGGCUCCUUGUAGUUGUCUUAAAAUAAAGGGAGUAUCUGUUAUUAGAAAAAGGCUUAUGUCCAUAACUUUGGUAUAUGAUUCUUUCUUUAACUGAAUACAAGAUUGUAAUGUAGUCUAAAAUGUGGUCAAUGAGUUCUCCCUCUGUAAUGAAACAGCUCCUUUUUUUUUUUUUUGGUAAAAUAAUAUUCAAAAUUACUUUAAGUUGUCUAAUUUUGUACAUGGGCCAUUCGUAAUGUCCCAGAAUACUGUGUGGACUUUGGGUGCUAUGUUAAGUGAUAAGGACAUGCUAAGAGUUGCAGAGAGCAGGUUUUAUGGACUGAAUAAAUUUUCGGGUGGAAGGUUCUCUGGUUCUCCAGACCAUCAUGGAAAUCAGGAAGAAGAUAGUGAGUUUUCUCUGCACACUGUCCUCAUAGCAAUAGGACACAGUAUUUCCAGUCAGGAUCAAUCAAACUGUCAGAAUUUUGUGUUCCUUCCUCGGUGCGAUUUCACCUUUUCUAUGCAUGUUUAACUCUUCCCUCAAUCAAUAAAUCAGUGCGUUUAUUUUCA